GAUGUCUGGCUCUGACUUGUUUUUGUUUACUUCCUCUGUGGUCCUCUCUGCAGUCAAUAUGUGCGUGGAAGGUAAAGCAGCUGAUGUAUGGCAGUAGAUUAGUGAUCCAGGUGGCUAUCCUUAAGGCUCCUUCUCUAAUAUUGUCGGCGGUCAGAGGCUGCAGACAGUAAAGCCUCAGAAGCCCACAAACACCUGAGAGGUGAUAAACAGAGUCUGAGAAGAGAGGAAGCCACAGCUUGAAGAAAACACAGUGAGUUGAGCAGUAUGGACGGUGUUCCUCUGAAAAUGCCACAGGUUUUCCCUCAAGAAGUCAAAGAUGACGUGAAAGUUAUUGUCCCUGAUUACCUCACCAUCCUGCAAGAGACAGAGUAUGAGUUCAGUCUGGAGAACUGGGUGCUAACCGGGCUGCAGAGUGGCUUCACCAACCAGCACCGGCCUCAGGUCUCCUCCUCUGCAUCAGGAGUGCCGCCGUCCUGCCCGCCCUACUGGAUGAUGUUCAGUAGCCCCCAGCAGAGCCGCCUGGCCAGCCGCCAUAGCUCUGACUUCUGGGAGCCCAAUCCUCGACAGAGAUCCCGCAGCCUCAACCCUGCUGUCCUGCGCACCAAGUUUGUCAUCUUGGACUCUGAAGAUGAAGGAGAAAGCGCUGCGCAGAAAGCAAAGGCACCUUUGCCAGCGGUAGCCUGCUUGAGUGGAGACCGCUCUGCUGCGUCAUGUCAGCGUGGCCAGAGGAAAGCACAGAAAGCCUUUGUCCCAGACCUCCUGAACCCUCCUGCCUGCCUGAGCAGCCUGCCACACCAGCGCAGGAAGAACCUGCGCCAGUGUUCCCUCUCAGGGCUGGAGACAUCCAAGCAAGAUGAUCCCAAAACAGACAGCCAAUCAAAGAGCCCAUCCCCACACAGAAACCCUAACACCAGAUCCAAAACAAUCGAUAGGCUCCCCAGCAUCAACAAGCAGACGCCAACACAUAUGAAGUCGCUCAGCCCGGAUUCCUGUAGAAAUGUCCAUGUGGCUUCACACCAUGUGGGUCUCCCUUCUUCUGGUUCGGACUCGUCAGCAGAGCUCCUCUCAGCUCUGAGCCCAGAGGAGAGAGAGCUGCUUGGGGUGAUCACUGCCAGGGGUUACCCCCUCCGCACUGCCAUUAUUGCCCUGCAGAAGACAGGCCGGCAAACCCCGGAGCAGAUCUUGAGCUACGUGGUGGCAUGUGACCAUCUAUGUCAGCUGGGUUAUGAUAUGGCUCAGGUAGAAGAGGCUCUUGAGAUGUUUCAGAAUUGUGAAACAAAGGCGCAGGAGUUUCUUCAUCUCCUGAGCCAGUUCAAUGAGAUGGGCUUCCAGCAGAAUGCCAUCAAAGAAGUGCUGCUCGUCCAUGAAAACCACCGUGAGCGGGCCCUGGAGGAACUAAUGAUGCGUGUCGCGUGAUGGCAGAUCAACACAAAGACUCACAUAACUGAAUGGCAACCUGAUAUAUUUCAUAUAAUUAUCAAUGCAAGAAAAUAUGAAAUUCCUAUUGAUUAAGGCACUCAAGAAAAAAAAAAAAAAUACUAAACACAAUUCAUUAUAGUUGAGGAUUUAUGGUGGCCUUUACACAGGAAAAGUAUAUUCUUAAAACAAAUGCUUUUUCAAUAAAUAUUGCAAUUACAAGGAGGAUAUGAUGUGCCCAUAUUGCAGAUUUUUUUCAUUAUUUGUUUAUUGUCAUUUUACUCAUUAUUUGGCUAAAAGUGUUAAUUAUUAUAUUCACACUUUUUUAUGGUCUAACUUAUAUUAUCAGUGUAACAGUCUUAAGUGAUCUAAGUAGCCCUAAUUGUGUCAGAUUAAUUAAAGCUACAUUACAACACUA